UCAGCGAAGAAACAACAUCGUCGGGCAUCCUUGGAGGCUAGCCACAAGCCCCCCCCCCAAGCCUCCCGAUCCAUGUCCCUUCUACCUGCAUUUUGCCGUUUCCUGACAUCCCCGAUUGCUGUCCGCCCUCUGAUUCGACCCUGGCGCCCUCAACAAGGUUAACAAGGUCCAUUUGCCUGACAGCACGCAGGCACAUGCCUCCCUGACUCUGUCUUGCCGGCAGACGCUCCUCGAUUGAACCGAGACGCACAGGGCACUAUCGGUCCUGCACCUCAGCAUCUGCGCAGAUAACGACCUUGAGUCGCUCCUCCAUCCAAAAUACCCAUCCACCCAGCUGAUAAACUUCUCCUGACCAUCAGAGUUGGUUAUUGCGUGCCAGUCUCUCAGGCUCUCUCUCUCGAUUUUUCCUCCUUUCCUCCCUCCUCUUCUUCCUUUCUGAUUCCUCGUCGCUGAUCCCGGUACAAUGAGCACAUAUCUGUGGUACACGUUCAGCUGGAGUUCUUUGAGAAAGAGCUUUGCGCCUUGGUAACAUCCACCAUCCCCCAAAACAGCUGCACUCAACGGUGCACUCCCACCUCAAGUUUGCGUAUCAAGAUAUCAUACAGCUGGUGAUAUCGCCCUCUUCGGAGGGGGAGGGGCGCUGGGCCCUUUACAAAAGCCUCUGGACCUUGCCGCCAUCUUCGUAUGCAUUGCAUAGAUCACGUUUCUUCUUUCCCGAGUCGUUGAUCGAACCCGGGCGCCGGCGUCUCUGGCCUCGAUGUUUGGCUCGAACGCGUUGCCGUUACCCCCACCCUUUGCCCACGAACAUCGACCUCUCCGGUUGAGCGCUGAAAGCGCCCGUCCCCUCCCAACCGGAGAAUGUCGAUAUCUCCUGUUGCAUCCUGCGGCACAGAAUCAACAAUGUUCCUGCCAAUCCUUCCACCUGAAUCGGAGCGCGCCUGGGAACAUCUGUGAAUGCGGCCAUCAAGCCUGCUAUCACGUCCACCAGGAAAAGCAUAACCAUAAUGAAAAACAUACGGAUACACUCAAUGCUGUUCUUGAUAAGAUAAACAUCGUCUUUGAUAAGGUCAAGCGUUUGGAGGAAACCAUUCAGAAUGAACGCAGCAAUCGGGAGUCUGCUUUACAGAGAGAAAGACAGAUGUGGGAAAGAGAGGUUCGCAUCUUGCGCGAGGCGUUAGCACCCUUUUAUCAAAGCGAGAAAGAAAUGCGUCGACGCAUCGUCGACAUCGAAGAUAGAGUUGAAGGCAACUAUGACGAGCACGUUCGCCUCAGAGAUCGCGUUGUCGCCGUCGACGAUGCCACCAUGUCAAUGGAGAAGAGAGUGGAGGAACUCGAAGAUUUCCGCUUCAAGAGACGACGCGUGGGUCGCAAUCCCACUCAAGACCAACCUUCGCAGAAUGGCUAUGUCUCGUCCGAUCCCGACAACUUCAGACGAGUUUCUUCGAGCGUCGACGGAGGUUCGGUGCGGACGCCUUCAUCAAGGGCAUUGUCGCCCAAUGGGACCGCACCUCCUCCCGCGCCGGAGCCGGAAGAACCUCGUUCAAGCGGAAUCCUCAACCUUGUUGCUGAAAUGCCCCGUCCUGGACCUUUCGUCAACCUGCCACAACGCCUCUCCCCGCCACAGGAGGAGCCAAGAUCAAGCGGCUUCUUGACAUUGGACCUAGGAGAGCGACUCAAGGAGAAGUCUGCCUCUGAGCAGCUAGCACAAAUCUCCAUCCACCAGGCUGCUCGAAUUACUCCGCCACAGGAUCGACCAAGUCCAUCCAGCUCUGCAAGGUCCAUCCAGGACGUCACUUCCAAGGCUAUUCGAACCCCUCCCGAAUUCCUCAACACCAAAAUGCCAGUCAUAGAUGUGAUGGUGCUCCCUGGCAACGUAUCCCCAAGAAAGAGAAAGCAUCAUGUCGACCACAUCGCGCUCGAUGUGCUGGCCGAUGUCACCGUCGCCAGUCCACUCAUUCACGGAUGACCAUUUUCCAAUUCUAGCUACCUCACUUAUUUUCGUCCUUCCACCAUUAUGAUGUGGUAGCCAUGGCUUGUUUUGACCUCGGCAUCUGUGGUGAUGAUUAGCGAGGGAUACCAAAAGGGAUUAAACGGUCAUUGUUGAUUUGGUCGCGACAUUGGCACUACAGCUUUUAUCGCACACGCCGACUCUUUUUCUUCUCACGAUAGUCGAAAUAGCUUAGGAACGCUCAUUCUGUGGCUCAGUUCCUAUGUUGUACAGGUAGAUACCAGACAGUAACAACACGGUCCCCGUCACCAUUCUCUGUAAACGAGAUAAGGAAUCAGACUCACAUUUGGGAUUUGCUGUUGUGGACGGUUCUAAUUCG